AUGGACAACGACGGUGACUUUGCAUGCCCGGCGUGCGACCGCACCUUCGCCACCUUCCACGCGCUCUACGGCCAUACGCUGCAGCUGCACGACUUUGCCGUUGCGCGCAGCGACGCCAGCUACGCCGACGCGCAGCCGGUUGCCCGCAACGCCGACUCGGCCUUUGCCUGUCCCGUCGACUGCUGUGGCUUUAAGCACCCCAUGCUGUUUCGCGUGCAGGACCACACGGAGCAGGCGCACGACUUCAUGGUGGUGCGUGCGGCGCCGCUGGACGCUACCGACGACACAGCCACGGGCACGCACCAGUCGUCGGACUUCAUUCCCAUCCAGCGCGGUCGGAACGGGACGCUCGAGUGCCCCCAGCACUGCUGCACCUUUGAGACCGACGAAAUGUCGUCUCUGGCCGUGCACGUCGAAGCGCGCCAUGAGAUUGGUGUUGCGAUCGGGCCGCCCCGCGCCCAAGACGGCGACUGCGUGCGAGCGGCCCGCGUCCAGCACAUGCUUUCCACGCGCGACGCUCAUCCGUUGCUGCCAGCGACAGUCUCGGACGACACGGUGCACAAUGGCGGUGCGUCUCUGGAGCCCACGCCCGUGGCGUCUCAACCGGCGACAACACCACUGCUGCCAAACCCGCCAGCACCAGAGACAGACGGUACGACGGCUGCCGUGAUGCCAAUGACCCAGAUGCCAGACUUGGCACCGACGAUCUCUACGCAUCUGGACCCUGUGCCGGUGGACUCUUCACCCGUGACGACACGUCCGCCAAACGAGCCAUCGCCAGAGACAGGCCGUGUCACAGCCCCGACUGCUUCUUCGUCGCCGCGUCUAGCUGUCUCUCCAACUCAAACGAUGCUGCUCUCUGCGAUGACCUUAGAGGUCACAACCUCCGCCGUGCUCAACCAUGUCGAGGUGACCACAGAGGCUGCGCCGAUGUCGCCGCCCUUGUCUCCUCCGUCAUCACGACCGCACGAUGCACGCGCAGCCAGCCUAGAAGAGCAAUCUCCGCAGCCUGAGUGCUCCACCGACGCUUCGCCGUCACCGCCGCUCGUGCGACGUGAGAACGCAGACGUGUUGGACGAUACACCGACAACGUCAAGUGCUGCGACGUUCAGUGAUGUACCAGGGCUCGAAUCAAAACGCAUGCCGUGUACACCGCCCGUCGAGGCUGCUUCCCCGCUAGAAGCGCUGACCGUCAAUGUCUCGUCGCCACCAGUGGCGCAAGGAAGCGAGUCGGCCGUGGACUUCUCGCUGCCGGCGCAAGGCGCUGACCUCGACGGUCAACACAAGCUCAGUGGCGACGAUGGCCAAGACAAUGCCGAUGACGAUGAGGCUGCUGAAGAUGGCGACGACGGCCUCGACUACGACGACGAGCCUCGGCUCAAUAGUUCCGAAUCCGCAACAGUAUUCUCCGUCGACGAGCCACCGUCAGAGCCAGAGAUAACGAGGGUCGCGUCUUCUCUGCCAAAGGAAGAGACCACGCCGCUCGACGAGCCGUUCGUGGGGCGCUCGCCGCCGCCAUCGCCCGGCGCGAACCUCGACUACGAUGAUAGCAUCGAUCUUGACGAUGAUGACCUCGAAGGCGAUGACGACGAGCCUCGCCUUGCUGCGUCUUGGGUAGCAACCUCGGCCACCGACGCGCCGUCCGAGCUUGUGAUGCUGCGUGACGUGCCGACGUCACCCCUGGCACACGCGGUCGAGGAGCCAUUGUCGUCGCCGUUGUCGCCGGACGCCAACCUCGGGCUUGGCCCCGACUCGCCUCGUACUCCGAAAAUGGCUCCGGUUGCUCACCUUGGCUACCGCCCCGAGACGCCCGAGACGCCGUCACUGCCACCGACGCCGGACGUCGCCAGGACCCCGAGUCCCUUUCAUAACAUGCGCCAUUCAGUGCGCCCGACACCACCGCGACGCAGCAGCUACCACUCGGACGACGACGACCAGAUAACUUCGCCUGGGCGGGGACGCGCGCCGGCGCGACGUUCUCUUGCGGGCUUUUCGUCGAGCGAGAGUUCGGCGUCGCCACUGCGUCAGCGCCCGCUCGAGCCGUUCGAGUGUCCCGAGGCAUCGUGCCAGUACGAGCACGUCAACUUUAGCGUCUUCAAGUUUCACUGCUUGCACGAACAUGGCUUGCACAUUCGACAAGACGAAGAAGAUGACGAGGACGAAGGAGAGGAGCCCUCGCCACCACCCAUGAUGCCACCAAGCUUGCGCAGGCCGACCAACACGGAACCCGACCGGCCCGCGGACCCCAAAGCCGGCCCCCGCCCCCCCGCCAGCCAAGGCGCCGUCGCCGCCAACGCGGCGGGCGAGUACGCGUGCCCGACGCCGGCCUGCCCGUACAAGAAGACGAAUUCGAUCUCGAAGCUCCAGACGCACUGCAAGGCCAAGCACGCGUACGAUGUGAAGAAGGCCGACGACGUACCUUCUCUGCCCAAACGUCGGCGCAAGCGUCUGUUUGUCAACGCCACGCUGGUGAACGGCGACGAGCCAGGAACCAAGUACCUCCGCGCCCUCGAAGCGCUCGAGCCGGGCCAAGAAGUCUAUGUCUGCGUCACGUAG